UUAUUAAAAAACUUGUUAAAUUAAACAAGAACCUUAUUUCCUUCUUUUCUACAGUGUGGGUUUGAUUCUUCUAGUGCCCAGUAGUGAAAGCCGAUUCCAUUUGAUUCAAAUUGUGAUCUCAAAAUUUCCCGCGGCACAGAGACAAAGAGGAUGAUGGUGACAACUGCAAUUCACUGCUUGACUCUUCCUUGCAUGCCAAGGAAUCCAUCUCUCACCACCAACCUUUCUCUCUCUUCUCAUCUAAAGCUUGCAACUUCCAGGCCUCUCUCUAACCUCCUUUCUCAUGGUCUCUUCUCCAAAGGUUUUCUGUCAAUAAACACUAUUGAGAGGUCAAUUCGUCAGUCUGUUGUUUGCAUGGCUAGAAGAUAUGGUGCCAAUACUAGGAAGAGAAAGGUGCUUUCUUGGACGAUUGCAGAGUUGGUUUCCAGUUUCUUAUUUCUUCUGUUCUUGAGAAGCUGCCUCUUCUCUUUUAAAUACAGAGCAGAAGAAAGGGUGGUGACCGAGAGAAGAAGAAGAAGCGUAGAAGGAAGGCAGCCAGGAAGAAUAAGGAUAGCUUCAAAAUCAUCCGGCUUGUCUCAGCAGCAGGAACUGGAUAUGUCUAUGCCAAGAGAAAAGGAAAGAGGAGUGAGAAGCUUGAGAUUAAGAAAUAUGACCCUGUUGUCAAGCAUCAUGUUUUCUUUAAAGAAUCAAAAUGAAUACAGUGAGAAGAGUCUUUAAAGAAUCAAAAUGAAGACAGUGAGAAGCUUGUGCAUAGCCUUUUUAUUCUCUUAAACUUUUGCUGGAUCAUGUACUCCUAACAUUGUUUCUUGUGGACGAGUUUUAAUGUGGCAGUGCCAAACACAGGCCAUGGUUAGCUGGUAGAACUUUUUGUAGGCUAUUAACUCUUACGAGAAGAAAAUUUGUGAAUAACUUGCUUAUAUUUUGAUUUUUUGGGCUGUUCUUCCUCAUGGUUAUAAAAAGCUUGGGUGCUUUUCUGAA